UACGUUUUUGCUUGCCCUAUUAAAUUUACACCAACGUCUCUCUCUUUCUCUUCGUUUUCUCUCUCACACAAUAUUCAACCGUAGUCAUGGUUUCUGCCGAUUUUGCUCGCAAUACACUAGGUGUCAUCGGAAACGUCAUUUCAAUCAUUUUGUUCUUGUCGACAGUGCCAACAUUUUAUAGGAUAUGGAAAAACAAGUCAGUUGAAAGAUUUUCUCCGGUGCCAUAUCUUGUCACCUUUGUGAAUUGUGGGCUAUGGAUUUUCUAUGGCUUGCCAUUUGUGCACCCUCAUAGCUUAUUAGUCACCACCACAAAUGGGGCAGGAAUACUUAUCGAAUCGGUUUACUUGUUUCUUUUUAUAAUCUAUUCAGAUCAAAAAAAUAGAAUUAGGGUUUUGUUGGUGUUGCUUUUUGAGAUUAUAUUUCUCGGGGUUUUGGUUGUACUGGUAUUGACACUGGCACACACCACAAAGCUUCGAUCAUCCAUUGUUGGUGGCAUUUGCAUCGCGGGUAACAUCAUGAUGUAUGCUUCUCCAUUAUCUGUAAUGAAAAUGGUGAUCACAACAAAAAGUGUCGAGUACAUGCCGUUUCUAUUAUCUCUAUUUUGUUUUGCAAAUGGCGUUUGCUGGUUCUCAUAUGCCCUCAUUCGUUUCGAUCCGUUUGUUGCUGUUCCUAAUGGGCUUGGGGCACUUUUUGGGCUUGCCCAACUAGUCUUAUAUGCAACAUAUUACAAGUCAACACAAGAAAUGAUAGCAAAAAGACAAGGCAAAAGUGAAUUAGUCCUUGGAAAUGGAAACGUAGCUACAUCGACGGGGGCUAUUAAUGGUGAAGUAGAAAGGGUUUAGAAGAAUUUUUAGUAUGUACUACCAUUGGAAUUAUCCAAGUAAAAGAUCGUAUUAGAAAUGAGAUCGUAUUAGAAAUGAGGUAUUAUAACUUUUGUAAUUCUAUAAGAAUUUAUCAUUUUUGGCUGUGAUUUUUUCCAAGGAAUGUUGAUGUAUUGGGUUAAAUGACA